UUACACCUGCAAACGUUUAUAAAAAAGAAGAAGAAAUGAAGUGACGUUAACCCUACAUUUUUACGUUCAAAACGGUUUGUAAAUGUUUUGUUUUUAGUAGAAUUAUGAGUUAUUAUAUAGUGAUAAGGAAAAAAAGAGAUACAGAUUUUCCUUCGUUAUCGGAAGUAGUGAGAAAUGGUUAUUUAUCUACUGUGAAUAACGUUUGGAAAAAUGCUAUUUUUCAAGAGCUCACGUUCGAAUCGAUGAUACUAAUAUCAGCGAUACUUUUUAUAUGUUUCGGGGUACCACUACAUCUUACGAUUAUUUCAGUACCGAUUGUAUUAUUAACUUUAUAUAUAUCCGUAUAUUUAUCGAUAUUUAUGAAAGUUGCUCAAUUUUUAUACGAAAUACCGACUUUGGAUUGCUGGGUAGCCGAAGUAUACGAACCUUAUUUCUCUAUGAAAAAUCCUGAGAAUUGUUGGUAUAAAAUGAUUGAUGAAAGUGAAAUCGAUAACAUCCGAAUUGAUGGAUUGAAAAGAAAGAUAAUUGGAACUGUGGCGGUAACGAAACACAAACAAAAAGAAGACUGGACGUGGCUCUUUAGGUUAGUAGUGGAUAAAAGGUAUCGUAGAAAAGGUAUUGGGAUUAAAUUGGUAAACGAGGUGCAAAAUUGGGCCAGAGAAAAUCAAUUUAAUAACAUAGAAUUAGUGAUAAGCGAGUGUCAAGAAGGGUGUAGAGAUCUUUUUAACAACGCGGGGUUCGAAAUAAAACAACUCUACCACAAGAAGAUUUUUGCCGGCUUGGUUACUUUGCAGAUGUUCCAGUUGCAAUGCGAAGUUAGAUCUACGUUUUAAUACAAGAUUAACGUGAAAUAUUUUUGAUAUUUCCUUUUACAAAUAUAGAAUUUUUUAAAAAUAAA